CUUCGAGAAAAGAAGCCGGUCGCUUGAAGCAGUUGCUAGCGAGAAGCGGCUGUGGAUGGCCCUCCGAAGGAUCCGUAGAACGUAAUUUCUGACGUAUUUUGCCGGAAGAAGUGGGAUUCGGACCACGUGGGUGAAAGCUUGGUGAUCUUCGCUUUCUCUGUAGUGCUGCAGGUGGGCAAGGGAUGCUUAGUGGGAACAGAGUAACUAAUUUGAAGUAUUCUGUUUUUGUGUUGUUGAAGACUUUCAUGGCUGGAAUCAUUGGGCUGCUGAAACAAAAGGCUGCACAGAUUGUAUGCAUUGGUGACUAGCCAAAAUGGAUUACAGGGAGGAAAUUAUGAGCCAGAUAGUUCCAGGACAAUUUGAUGAUGCAGAUCCUUUGGACAGUGGACCUGAACAGGAUAUUAAAACAACUCAGGAAGAGAAAGUGCUGGUUAAAAUAGAGCAAUGGCGUUCAAUUGAGGAAGCAGAUGUGGAGGAAUUUUAUGAGAGCAGUGAAGGCGAAGAAGAUGAUUGGGAUUGGGAUGAUGAUGCAGGAAAGGUUACUAAGCGAAAUCCACUCUCGGGAGGAAGAAACCCACAGGCAAAUAAACAUAUUUCUAACAGCAGUGCAGCUAAAAUGUCUACUCCUACAGACAAAGCCCUGCGAAAAUUCGAAAAUAAAAUUAAUCUAGACAAACUACAUUUUGCUGACUCUGUUAUAAAUCGAGUUACAGAGAAAUCCAGGCAAAGAGAAGCAGAUUCAUAUCGGGUGAAAGAUAAGUCGGACAGAGCAACAGUAGAACAAGUUCUGGACCCAAGAACUCGAAUGAUCUUAUUCAAGAUGCUAACCAGAGGCGUUAUAUCAGAAAUCAAUGGCUGUAUCAGCACAGGGAAAGAGGCUAAUGUAUAUCAUGCCAGCACUGCAAAUGGAGAGAGCAGAGCCAUAAAGAUUUAUAAAACAUCAAUUUUGAUGUUUAAAGACCGGGAUAAAUAUGUGAGUGGAGAGUUCAGAUUUCGCCAUGGAUACUGUAAAGGAAACCCAAGAAAGAUGGUCAGGACAUGGGCAGAGAAAGAAAUGAGGAAUUUAACAAGGUUGCACACAGCACAAAUCCCAUGUCCAGAACCCAUUAUGCUAAGAAGUCAUGUUCUUCUUAUGAGCUUUAUUGGCAAAAAUGACAUGCCUGCUCCUUUGUUGAAAAAUGCCCAGUUAUCAGAGUCAAAAGCUCGGGAAUUGUAUCUACAAGUCAUCCAGUACAUGAGAAGAAUGUAUCAAGAUGCCAAGCUUGUUCAUGCAGAUCUCAGUGAAUUCAAUAUGCUGUAUCACAGUGGAGAAGUAUAUAUUAUAGAUGUAUCCCAGUCUGUUGAACAUGAUCACCCACAUGCUUUAGAAUUCCUGCGGAAAGACUGUGCCAAUAUCAAUGAUUUUUUCCGAAAAUACAACGUUGCUGUGAUGACAGUGAGAGAGCUCUUUGAGUUUGUUACAGAUCCAUCUAUUACAAGUGAAAACAUGGAUGCUUAUCUGGAAAAGGCAAUGGAAAUAUCAUCAGAGAGAACAGAGGAAGAGCGGUCCAAUCAAGAUAAUGUGGAUGAAGAGGUAUUCAAGAAAGCAUAUAUCCCUAGAACUUUGAAUGAAGUAAAGAACUAUGAGAGGGACGUGGAUAUAAUGCUGAAGUUGAAAGAAGAAGACACAGCUUUAAAUGUGCAGCAAGAUAACAUUCUCUAUCAAACAGUGACAGGGUUGAAGAAGGAUUUAUCUGGUGUUCAGAAGGUGCCCGCUCUUCUUGAAAAUAAAGAUGAGGCAGAGUCUGAUUCUGAGGAUGGCAAUGACAGUUCUGCCAACUCUGAAUAUGAUUGCAAAGGACAGGAGGCAUCAGUGCAUCCUAAAGACCAACCUGCUGAACCUGAUGUUGAUAAAAAGGAACGAAAGAAGAUGACCAAAGAGGCUCAGAGGGAAAAGAGAAAACACAAGACCCCAAAGCAUGUAAAGAAGCGAAAAGAGAAAACCGCAAAGUUGAAAAAGGGCAAAUAAAUAAUGAUUGUCAUGAUGCGACAUUAGCCAUUUCCAACUGGAUGGAUGCAUAUUUUGGCUGCAAAGUACUCCACGCACACACACCCCAUUUAUUAUCUUGGUGGCUAUUGAAGAACUUUGUGACAAAGCUCACUCUUACCAGUGGCAAAGAUUGACUGAUGUGUUUUUUCAUAUUUCAUGCAGACUACAAGGAUGUAUUCUUUGGAGAAAUAAAAACAAAUGGGCAUUUGGAAGACCAGAGAAAUGUAUCCAGUAGUGUAUAUCAUACAUUUUAGUAGAAUGAGCAUCUGCAGUGAUGCCAAAUUUCUAACCAUAUUUAAUGUGUGAAUACAAACAUGCAGAUUUACAUAUGUGUUUGAGGAUGUGGAAUGUACGCUCUUAUUGAAUUAAACUGACCACCAAUUUGAUCUGCUACAGGUCACCAGUGCAAGGAAACAUCUAUUUGGUUCUCUUGCAUAUUUGUAGGGCACCACCCAUGUGACCAGAGACCCUAUUUUAUUGAGAUUAGUACAAAUAGGCCUUCUCAAGGAAGGUGGCCUAUCCAUAUUUAAAGUACAAAUAGUGGAUACCAGUUCAAGCACAGCACUUGAAAAAGGGUGGGGGUUUUUUUUUGGAAAAUGCAGUGCUUGUUUUCCAUUUCACUGUGAUAUUUGCAAGUUAUACUUAAGAGAGGUCUGUGGCAGUCCCCAGUAUUUUUACUCCCUCUUCAAUAUCAACAUAUUUUGUUGAAAUAUAUAUUUGAUUUAAAUGAGAAAUGAUAGACUGAGGAUCUGCAGUAUCAAUAACUCCCAUUUGCUUCCAUCUAUACAAUACUCAAACAUGAAAUCGAGAUUAAAGAUGCUAACUUACUUGGAUUGUAUUCUUACAGCAGUUUGUUAACUUGAGUCUAAUAUUCUGUUUCUGGUCUGGUAAAAUUGUACAAAUUAUAGAUAAAUGGUACAUGUAAGAAAGGAACAGUAGUUUUCUAAGAGGUGGGCAGGAUAGUGCUAUAUAUUCUCUGUGAGCUAUGUAUAAAAUAAACUAAAUGCAUUCUG